UGCUCUACCUGCGGCGGCACCGGCAAGGUGCCCUGCCUCUGCAAUCGCUGGUCCGAUGGCGAUGUCGGGUGCAGCACGUGCGGCUACUCCGGCAAGAUGCCAUGCAGCAGCUGCAGAGGUGGAGGCACCGCAGUCCCCAUCUUGGCACGCAUUCCCUCGAAGCGAGACUGA